GUAAAAUUAAUGAACAUCGAACAGGUGGUAGUUUACAGAACAAGAAAGCGACCCUAUCUUGUUGUACACUCAGAUCAAAUCAGAGAGAGAGAGAGAUGAAGACGGUGGUGGUGAUGGUUGUGGUUGUGCUAGCAGCAGCUGCAAACACAAAGAAAGUUUCAGGUUACAAGAACUACACCGUAGGAGACGAUCUGGGCUGGUUUGACAAACUCGAAAAGUCAACCGUCGAUUAUCAAAAAUGGGCUUCUUCCAAAACCUUCUCUCUCGGUGAUUUCCUCAUUUUCAACACCGACAACAAUCACACAGUUGUGCAAACAUACAAUUCCACCAUCUACCACCUCUGCGAUGACAGUGAUGCUGUUGGUAACGACACCAUCCUAUACGCAUCACCCGACCCAUCCGCCUCUGCAGUCCACCCGGUCUCUGUAGCCGUCCCGCUCACCAGGGUCGGUCCCAACUAUUUCUUCUCCAAUGAUUACGAUGGUGAGCAAUGCGAAAACGGGCAACGCUUCAGUAUCAAUGUGACCCAAGGGCAGGGGUUGCCACCAAGUUUAAGGACUCCAACGCCUGGAGCCCCUGGUCCGGUCAGUCAAGAGUCUGGUGACGAUACAGUGCCCGACACAAACGUCCCGGCUAACUUUGAUCACCCUAAAGAUAUCAGUGAUGAUGAUGACGAUGAUGAUGAUAACGGCAAGAAGAAAUCAAAUGGCAUGAUUACACAAGCGUGGGGCGGAUUUAGCAGGAUUUUGAUUCUGUUGGGAUUGCUAUACAGCUGCUGGUAGAUCUAAUUUUUUUUUUUAUACUUGUAUGUUAUUGUUUGUAAGUUUUAUAAGGGAGUGAUGAGUCAGCAUAGAAAAGAUUUUAUAAAAAUAGUGAAUACAUGUUUGGUUUUGUUUAAGGUUUUUUUCUGUUA